AGGUUAUCGACAUACUUUUAAACGUUUUGAAUUGUUCCCGACAGUUUCGGGACGCGAAAGUGGAAGCCGGAGUUCUGUAGAAUGCAAGAACCGUUAUGGCCAGCUUUCGUUGAAGUAUUCGGUUACCAAAACUCAAGGAUUCAGUAACUACGCUUUGCGCAGGAUGGAGGAGGACCAGGAGCCCGAACACCCGAAUAAUGUUCUUCUAUUUCGGCUUGCCAUUUCAAAUAAUUUCAAACGCAUCGCGGAGUCGGUGAGCAAAGAGGAGUUUCUCGACAUUCUCACGAUAUUAAAAUCAAAACCAAAAAUUGUCCAGAAGCUGCACAAAGCUUUGAUUAAAGAACUUUACGAUAGCAUGACAGGCGAUUUGGAAGAUAUAUUGAAGGAAGGUAGUUUGCAGGAGUCUCUGAAAAAAGUUGCUAUAUUGUCUGACGAAAGUUCUUCUAUACACGAGGACGCUUGGAGGCCCCCGGGAAACGUAACCUUGCAUUUACGAUCUUUGGACGCUGAAGAGAUCAAGGAAGAAAGCAAACGAUUGUCGAAACGAGUGAAUGAAAUCGAAGAAGAGAACGCAUGUUUAAUGAAACAAAUUACAGAGAGAAGAUCAAGAAUAUUCGCACUGCACGACAGUAUAACGCGGUCCUUAAGUAAGACGCCGAUUACGAUAGAUUUAUUAGAGAAGAGACUGGAACAGUUAGAAAAAUGCGUAAAGUUGCUGGACCACGAAUAAUUAAUAACGUAUCAAAAUUGUAACUGUUGACAAAUGGAUAAAAAAUAUCUCUAAAUAUUCCAAGUACUCUGUAUAGAAAUUAGGAUAAAUGAGAACGAAAUAGUUGUAUUGUAUAUAGAACAAAGUGUUCUCAAACAAAUGUGAUGUUCGUGUUCGUAAUUAAGAUUUUAUCAAAUAACUUAAUA